CUGAUCUUCAUUUCAGCUGUUGAUGGUCAUUUUGUUAGUGAUACUUUAAACGGACUCAGUGAAGCUGAGAAGGAGUUAAUCAGAGAGGAACUGAAAAAAACAGACGAAGAGAUCAAUACUCUACGUCAAGUACUGGUUGCACGUCAGAAACAUGCGGCUGAUUUGAAACGAAAAUUGGGUAUUUCGCCAUUAACAGAACUCACUGCUGACAUCAAUCAGUCACUGAUGCAUGUGAAGGAAUCUCAAGCGUACCAGAAAACAUCGGAAGUGGUAGCUGGUACUGCAGAUACCGUCAAAAACAAAUGGAAUGAUAUGCGUAAUUCAUCGCUCUUCAAAUCAUUUGAAUCUAAAUUGGGAACGGCUUAUACCAGCGCUAAAAUUGCGGCGUCUACUAGUAUUGAUCAGAUAUCUGGAAUCGCUAAAUCGUCAUCAGGCACAUCUAGCCAUAAUGAUCCUACUUCGCCCUUUAAAUAA